CCUCAGGCCGGAAACGCCACUUUUAACCGGGCCAAACUUCUCAACGUCGGGGUGAAGGAAGCGCUGAAGGACGAAGAGUGGAACUGCCUUUUCCUUCACGACGUGGAUCUCAUCCCCGAGAACGACCACAACCUCUACGUUUGCGACCAGUGGAACCCGAGACACGUCUCCGUGGCCAUGAAUAAAUUCAAAUACAAGCUCCCGUAUUACCAAUACUUCGGCGGGGUUUCAGCCCUGACCCCAGACCAGUAUAUGAAGAUUAAUGGUUUUCCAAACCAGUACUGGGGCUGGGGGGGUGAGGAUGAUGACAUCUCCAUGAGGGUGCGCUUCCGAGGGAUGAAGAUUUUACGGCCUCCGGUGUCCGUCGGCCAUUAUAAAAUGGUGAAACACCAGGGUGACCAAGGCAACGAACAGAACCCUCACAGGUUCGAUCUGUUGAUCCGGACAUACCGUUCAUGGAGCCAGGACGGCAUGAAUUCUCUCUCCUACAAACUCCUGUCCAAAGAGCUGCUGCCCCUUUACACCAACAUCACCGCCGAUAUCGGCACCAACCCUCAGGCCACCAAGAUCGGAAAGGGCUCCCUCUCCGACUUUGGUGGGAGGGACUAUCCGCGAGACAGCACUCGCGAUUUCCGUCAGGAGAUGCUGCGUAAGACUCCCUUCGCCAAGCUCUCCCAAGCCAUGGGAUGGAAGGACCCCCCUCCAGAGACAGAUAAAAAGGGGGAGAAGCCCACCCCGAUCUUAGAAAACCCCAAACCAAGCCCCGGAGCCAAAAAGAGAUGGAAAGGCUCUGCGGCUUCGACCAACAACAAGGUGGAAGCCACCCUCGAAACGUUCAGCAACACCAUCGCCAGCCCGGAAGUCCCCAAGCGAGUUCUCAAGGAGAGCGAGAAGGAGACAGUCCAACCGGUACGAGGAGGUUUCUCUUCGUCGCUACCUUCAUCCGGACACGCCGCGCCAAGCUCCUCUCUCCGACCUGACUCUACAAAUCGCACUGGUGCUAGAACUGCAGAUUAAAAGAUUUCAGAUGAUACCCAGAUCGUCAGCCCGAGGUCAAAAUUUAGAAUUAUUCUCUCGUCCCCAGCUCGGGCGUUUGGGAGGAUAUCCAUCGCUUUUCUCCCCGGGCCAAUGGAGCAGAAGGGCCAGACGGAGGCAGAGUGGACAAGCCAAGGGGCAGGCGAACUGGGGGGGGGGCGGCAGGACAGCGUCGGGAAUCCUUCGAGGAUUCGCUUCCUGUAUCUGCGGGGGGUUGGUUGAUCCUUUCUUCCCGGAUUGCAGGCGAUCGGACCCAAGGACCCGUACGUCUUAUCUCGCGCUUUGUAGGACAUGGAGGUGACUGGAAGCACAGGAGGGAUCGGCUCGGGAAAGAGGUCACUUCUUGCACCUGAGAUUUCUGUGGAUGGAUAUUUUGGGGAGGCGGGGAGUAGGGGGGGAACUCCGCAGCUUUGGGGAAGAGCGGUACGAUGAAAGCCCUCCGGCCCUCACUUGUCCACUUCGCACCUUCGAUUAAAAAAAGGGGGGAGGGACUGAACGUUGCCACUCACCCCUCCCCGGUGCCAGGAAAAGCAUCACUCGA